AUGGUGAAGAUCAAAUUCGGUCAAGAGCAGUACGAUGCAAUGAAAAAGUUCGAAGUCCAACAUCACUCCGAUUUCUGGAAGUUGAUCAUGGACAAGAUUGGAAAAUCCGACGGGCUCAACAUCUUGGAUGUUUCUGAAGAAGCUUGCACAUUUGCUUUAGUUCUCGCCGAAAAUCAUCCUACUAAUAAGUUGACCCUUAUGAGCGACGGUGAGAAGCCAACUUUCGGCAUACCAUCUAAUGUAACGUACCAUAAAGGGAAUAUCAUCAAGGACGCCAAAAACAUCGAAUCGGCCGGGAAGUUCGAUUUGAUCAUUUUUAACGAAAUUUCUCAUGAUGUAACUAACAUCGAUGGAUUGUUCAAAACACUUCGCGAGCUUCUCACAGAUAACGGUCAAAUUGUGGUGUUCUCACGACCCAAGAACCCUCCGCUACCUGUUCCAGAUGUGUGUCUCAUGCUGUGGCGCAAAAUGCAAGCGACCAAAGAGGAAUUGCUCGCCUCCGCAAAUGCGGUACGUGCACAUCUCAAUACUGUUUGCUUUUCGGUGGCCGUACCGAUUUCGGUUGACAAGACCCAAUGGGAAAAUAUACUUUAUUCAGGAUGUUUCCCGGCGGUGAAAAACACUCCAAAAUGCGACGAGCGCGUAAUUCGCGAUUUUUGCACCUCUAAAGCCGGUAAAUUCGAGUUCGAGGAGAAACUACUCAUUGUGAUGCUCCGCAAAUAA